AUGCAGCAAGUGAAACUUGUAGUGGUAGGUGACGGAGGGGUUGGAAAAUCCAGCUUUCUUAUUUGCGCAACAACCAGCCAUUUUCCAUGCAAUUACGUCCCUACAGUUUUCGACAAUUAUGCGGCAAAUAUUAUGGUCCGUGGGUUUCCAAUCACGGUGUCACUCUGGGAUACAGCAGGCCAAGAGGAUUACGAUCGUCUGAGACCGCUGUCGUACCCCCAAACAGAUGUAUUCGUUGUGUGUUUCGAUGUGGCAAGUCGAAGUUCUUUUCAGAACGUGUCAGAGAAAUGGGUUCCAGAGGUUCGCCAUUUUGUUCCAGAAGCGGUAGUUCUGCUCUUGGGGACCAAGACGGAUCUUCGUAGUGCCAAGUAAGUUAAAAGAAAAAGAAACUUACUAAUGCUUUUCCCAUGUAGUGGGUCUUGGGGUUGGGAGAAGGUCUAUGUAGUUUUGGUCAACUUUUGACAUUAACCAGCUGAGACAAAAACUAGAAAAGCGCCUCACGAUCAGUGAUGUUGCCAAGUUUGAGAGUAGCUUGACAGGGGGGGGAUUUCCACAUGAAAGGGGCGGGGAUGCUCGUCGUCUCGCUGAAGGGUGUAAAUUUCAGAUUUUGGUCGUGCUGAGGGUGUUCUGGGCAAAACACCAUUAUAUUUAGCCCUAAAGGUCUCUUAGGGUUGCACUCGAAGAAGUAUUAAAAAAUUAUAUAUUUUCAAUUUGUUUUAUUUACUCGAUUCAUGUAAUCAAAGUCUAAAAUAAUCGCUUUUAGGGGUCAAAAAAAGAUUGGGCCACGCCCAGAUUGGUCUUCUUUAGGGGUUUAAUUCAAAAUUUCCGACGAGCAUCCCUGCCCCUUUCAUAUGGGAGUGCCUCCUCCCCUCCCGAGUUUGUAUGGUGGACAAGUUGGUGCCUCAACCUGCUCAGAGGGAAUUGGGUCAAUGUUUGCUGAAUAUGUGCUGCUGGCUUCUCACAACCCCUACCCCAUUAUAGUCUCUUUUGUGGCCAAUUAUAUAUAGACCCUGUCCUGCUCACUUUAGCACAAAUGUAAUUUUUGCAAUCCCAACUUAUUCACUUUCACUUAGUCACGUUCUGUCACUUUUUUAACUUUGAACCUUCCCGUUUCUAAAUCCCUAAAUUCCAGUAUUUUCUUACCCCCAAAAAUUCCCUAAAAUGGCGAACCCAUUCUAGUAACUCUAUUGAAAAUGUAACACUGUUGUGUCAAUCCUGAGUCACAAAAAUAUGACUUCAUCCAAUCGUACAUCCCCAUUAGCCUAUUAAAUUGCAGUGCAACCUCUCCUUUGGGACACCCCCAUUCAGGAGACUCAAAAUCUGGUCCCAGAAAAAUUGUUCAUGUAAUCUUUGCAUUUGCUACCUCUACUGAAAGGACACCUACAAUGGAGGACAAAAAUUAAAGAACUUUAAUUGGGUUGUGUGAAAAAGCCCUUCCAAGUAAUUGUUAUGUAGGACUCUGCUCCUAAUGACAAUUUUUUGAUCUCCUUUGGGUACAUCCCAUCGUCCCCCCACUUCCCCUCCCCCAGCAAUGUUGUGUCCAAAAAAGCAGUCAUUUCACCCAUUUGCUAAAAAUUCAACUUUGUUUGGUGUGGGAGGGGAGAGGUUGCUAGUUUCACUAAUAUCACUGAAAAGGUUGCAACACUUCUGACCUCCAGUUGUAGCCUCUAUUGCAGGAAAAGGACACUUUUUCUGGGUCCCAAAAUACAGAUUCAACCUCCAUUCAGGGGACACAUACAUGUAUAUGCACUCAAAAGGUGACUGAGGUUCCACUGUAAAAGGAACUACCACUCAGGAACUUUGUGGCUUUGUAGAACUAUACAUUUAUCUUUCCUUGUUUCAGAAUAAUUCUUGCAAGUGACCAGCUCCCGAUAACGAUUUCUAACUCUUCACAUUUUUGGUGGUUGCUUACACGAGAUUUGACUGUUGUUUUUGCCUUUCUACAGCAGUAACACAUCUGAUGACAGGUGCAUCGUGACAAUGAGAGAAGGACAGGAUCUUGCAGCAUCUCUUGGUAUUGCAUAUGCAGAAUGCAGUUCUCUGUUAAAUGAUGGUGUUCAUCAAGCUCUCAACGCCGCUGUUGAGUUGACCUUUUUGCCCCAAAGACAAGUUAAUUCAAGGAAAGGAUUUUUUAAGAGUAUAAGGAGAAAAUCCAAAUCAGCAAAUGAACAAGAACCAGUUCCUCCUGUUCUUCCUCCUGCAGGUACUGUUAAUCCUGGGAGAGGCGGGGAGGGGGAAGUACAUGUACCUUGAAAUGAAGGUCAUGGGGAGGUGCAAAGGAGAUUUUUGGCUUGAAAUUCACAAUUUUAAAGUUCUAAUUGUGGUAACAAAAGUAAUAUAAUAAUAAUUUUGUUUUUUCCUCCAACAAAGGGGAGUCAUUGGCCAACAAUGUUGAGUGCAUUUGCAUGGAGCUUAAUGCUGAAGUGUUUUUUUGCAAACAAAUUUUUCCAAUUAUUAGAACAGAAUGGUUUACCUUGUUGAGAAUUACACUGUAAUUUUU